UGUUAGCAAUGUGUCCAGAAAACAUGCAUGCUAGAAAUAAGGGUUAGAGUUAGGGUUAAUGUGCUCAGUACAGGAUAAUACUAGAGCAUUUGGACUUGUGUAUCGAAUGUAUGAGAAGCUUGUAUAAAUUACAAAUAUGAAGGAUUAUCAUAGCAAAUUAUGUAUGCUACUAUUAGAAGAAUAUUUUGGAUCUAUUGUCCAAUGUAUAGGAAAGAGUUUGUUAUAUGGAACAAAAUCAUUAGCUGUUAUACAAUUUGAUACAAAAUUACCAUUAAUGAAGAUAAAAGAAGGAUUGUGUGUCCUUAUGAAAUUUGGCUUUGUCACUUAUCAACAGAAUGAAAAAGAUAUUCAGUAUACCUUAAACUGCAAGAAAAUUAUUAUGCUUCUUCGUUAUCCAAGAUAUAUGCUGUUUGCAAAAACUUACUGUGGAGAUGAAGGUGAAAUCAUGUUUGAAGAAGUAUUAAAGCAUGGAUAUAUCACAGCAUCUGAAGUUAUAAUAAAAACAUAUAAACGAAUUGAGGCGACACCUUCUAAAUAUACUCAGCAACUUUCUGUCAUAAAUUUGAAAACUGUAUUUGAAAUGUUAGUAAAAAACCAAUUUUUAAUGCACAGCACAUCCUUUGAGACAAAAGCAGAAAAUACUGAAAAACCCAACUAUAACUUACCGCAUCUUGAUUUGACAGCCAUUUCUAAAAUGUUACAAGGACAAAACGUCGAUCCUGGAGAUAGUAAGCUAUAUUGGCAGGUCAAUUUUGACCGAUUUACACAAGAUUUUAGAGAUAAAAUUGUUAUAUCGGCCAUGACUCAGAGAUUUGACAAAAAUGCUGGAGAAUUAAUGAGACAAUUGAUCAAUUUGAUGUAUUUGCGUACUGCAUCUUGGGAAGCUACAUCAAAUCCAAUCCCAUAUACUGAAAUAAAGGAGGAAAUUAAGAAAUUGAGUUAUUCAGAACUCGAACAAUAUCUUGCUGAAUAUCUGCGACUUAUAGAAGAAGAUAGUAGUCAAUUUAUUAAACGAGUUGGUGAUUCUGGUGGUGGCCAAUAUAGUAUUAAUAUGAAAAAUGCAUUUAAACAGCUAGUGUGGACAACCAUAGAAAGUAUUAUAACGGAAAGAUUUGGUUCUAAAGCUGCAAGAAUUUUUAGAUUAGUGCGCAUAGAAAAAAAUGUUAAUCUAGACCGAAUUCAACACUUAGCAAUGAUUCCAGCAAAGGAUGCUAAAGCCUUAACGUAUAUUUUGGCACAAGAAAAUUACAUACAAAUGCAAGAGGUAAAGAAAAUUGGAACUUGGACUGCACCAACGAAAGGACCAUUCCACAUUUAUAUUGAUCUGAUAAAAGUUGUUCAAAUGGAAAUUGAACAUUGUUGUCAAGCAUUAUAUAACAUUAUAAAAAGACGAGACCAUGACUUAACCAGUAAUAAACGCAUGAUAGAAAAACAAUUAAGAGUGCAGAUACUUUCUGCUAAUAUGAAGGAACAUGGUGCUACGGAUCAACAACUGGCUGAUAUUGCAGAAAUGAUGACGCCAUCUGAAACUCAACAGCUUGAAAAAGCACAAAAUGCAAUCAAGAAACUGAAUGCUACAGAGUUACAAAUAGAUGAAACCUUAUUUUUAUUAACGAUGUAUUUUCGGUAUCAUUAAAUUAAAAAUUGUGCUUA